AUGGGUUUUCGUUUUCCUAGUAUGAUUAGAAGAUUAUCAUCUUCAAAAGCGCUGGUCAUGCCAAAAGGAUGUGUUGCUGUGUAUGUUGGAGAGAAACAGACACGGUAUGUGAUUCCAUUAUCAUACUUGACUCAACCUUCGUUUCAAGAGUUGUUGAGUCAAGCCGAGGAAGAGUUUGGAUACGAUCAUCCGAUGGGUGGGCUCACCAUUCCAUGCACAGAAGAUGUAUUUCAAAAUAUAACUUGUGUCUUGAAUGGGCCAUGA